CUUAUUGCAAGAGAUGAUUUUCCGGGUAUCAGACAUUUCCAUCCCUUGGUUGAAGGAGUAUUUAGCAAACAGUUCUAUAAAUGGCCUGAGGUAUUUGUCAGGAGGACAGUAUCACUGGACAGAAAGGGUGUUUUGGUUCAUAGCUGUGACUGUUUCAUGCUAUUAUACUGUCAUAUUUACACUGGCUUCAUUCCAUGCAUACAAGAUGCAUGCUGUCAGUUUCACUACUGAAACAGAUUAUCUUCAUUGGAACACAAAAUUUCCGGCAUUUAGUGUAUGUGAAAUUACUGGUGUAAACGAUGUGAAAUUCGGUGCACUGGCAUCAAAAAAAUUUACAGGCAAAAUUGAUUACAACCAGAUUGAUUACUGGGAAAAUAUAGCCUUUUACCAGGGAUCGAUUAUUGAACACAAGAAGUGUUCUGGUGAUGUUAACUGCUCUACAAAUUAUGAAGAAAUAAUUUGGGAGUUUAGAUACAGAUGUAACAAAUUACUUUAUGACUGUCUCUGGAAUGGUAAACCAUUUGACUGCUGUCAAAAUUUCCUGCCUCUACAGACAGAAGUGGGUCCAUGUUUCUCCAUUAAUUCUGAAAAUACCAGAAAGAAGAAUGGAUUACUGAAGACAGUUUCAAACUAUACAACUGGACCCGGUUCACUCUAUUUCAAAGUAAGAGCUGCUGUAAAGGUUUACAUGCACUCAGAAGGAAAUGUGCCAACCAACAGUCACUCACUGGAUGAAAUGUUCAAAGUAUUCUAUCCUCAGUACCUUGAAGUGUUGUUUACGGUGAAGGAAGUAGUCAAUGAUCCAAUGCUGUAUGAGGUAGAACCCAGUGGAAGAGAUUGUCUGUUUCGUAAUGAAGUUCCCACAGGUGUGUACCCAUAUUAUAGCUUCACAACAUGUCUGGUUCAGUGCCACAAACAACACCAUUUGAAGUUCUGCAAUUGUACCCAUCAUAUGAUGCCAAAUUCUGCUGAUGAGGUCUGUGGCAUUGAGGGACUAACCUGCCUUAAUGGUUAUAAUGAACGUCUAGGAAUAUUGAAAGCUGCUUGGGAAACCAAGAAGCUUGGUAUAGUCUGUGACUGCAGAACAUCAUGUGAUGACCAAGAAUACAAUGUGGUAUGGAAACAUGCUACAACAAAACGUGGAGGGAGCUCUAAUUAUGAGAGCUUUGUGUCAGAAAUUUCACUUAAAAUGCACUCUCUGCCUGUGGAAAGGUUCAAACGAAAUGUUGUAAGGACCAAACUGGAUUUGGUUGUAUCAAUAGGAGGGACUGCUGGAUUUUUCCUUGGAGCAAGUUUGCUCAGUGUUGUUGAAUUUGUAAUGUAUUUUUUUGUGAGAAGUAUUUACCAUUGUGUAAAUAUAAAUGACUCCAAUGCAAACAAAAAUCAUAGAAUGAAGGUAAUCUCACAUGAAACAGAGUCUGCCAAGCCUUUCAGCAAUAAUUUUAAGCAGCAAAUCAGAUACCCUUCUCCAUGGGAUUUUCAGAAGUAAUUCUCAUUUCAUGUGGUUUAGCCAUAUUAUCAACUAGAAUCUAUGUUGCUCAUGAAAUAAUAUACUUUAUCAACUUUUAUUAAUAUGUAAUAAGCAACUCCAUGUUAUUACAAUGCUAUACACACUAUAUGUUAUA